AUGAAGCGCUUUGACUUCCGUGGAAAUCAUGAAAGCGGAGGUCGCUGGAAACAAGGAGCGCUGCAUGAGGAUCUCGAGGAUUUGCAGGCCGUGGCUGAUUACCUCAAGGCCAAAUAUGGCUAUUCAAUCGAUCUUGUCAUAGGUCAUUCUAGGGGUUCUAUAGCGGGUUUCCGCUGGCUGGCGACCUCGGAGGACGGUAGAAAAGUUUCGGCGUUCGUGAACGUGUCCGGUCGAUAUCGCAUGGAGAAGAUCGUUGAAUCCGCGGCCGGUAAACUAUGGUCUGAGGCAUUUGCAAGGCAAGGGUACUAUGAAUGGGACGUAACUGUGGCGAGGAAAGUCGUUCGCGCCAGAAUCACUCCCGAAGAUCUUCGCUCAUUCAUCGAAUGGGAUACCUCGUUCGUCUGGACGGACUUUCCUCAACACACCGACGUCUUGUGCAUCCACGGGCUCCAAGACAACGUUGUUCCACCGUACGAUGCUUUGAUCUACACCCGUGCACUAAGCGGGCGAAGCCCGGGAACGACUACACUCCAUUUUGCCGAGACUGCGGACCACAACUUCACUGGGCAAAAAGAAGAGGUUGUAGAUAGCGUCCUUCGCUGGUGGGACCAACGAGAGAACGGGACGCUGAAAUCUGUCGGUAUCUCACUGGCAGAUGUGAAGGCCCAUCUGUAA